AUGGCUCCCAGAACAGUCCUCAUCACUGGCUGUUCUUCAGGCAUCGGGUUGGCAUUGGCCGUGAGACUGGCCACUGAUUCCCAGGGCCGCUUCAAAGUGCUGGCCACCAUGAGAGACCUCAGUCGCAGUGGACCCCUUAAGGAAGCAGCUGGAUCGGCCCUGGGACAAACCCUAGAGAUUGGGCAAUUGGACGUCUGUGAUGAAGACUCCAUCACUCGAUGCCUGAAUAGGCUUCCAGGACAAUAUGUGGACAUCCUUGUCAGCAAUGCCGGCAUAGGGCUCAUUGGGCCUCUAGAGUCACUGUCCCUGGAUGACAUGCGCCAGGUCAUGGACACCAAUUUCUUUGGGUUGGUGCAGCUGGUUAGGGCACUGAUGCCAGCCAUGAAACGCCAACGCCAGGGGCACAUUGUGGUCAUCAGUAGCAUCCUGGGCUUACAAGGCAUUAUGUUCAAUGACAUCUAUGCAGCCUCCAAAUUUGCAGUAGAGGGUUUCUGCGAGAGUCUCUUGGUACAGGCUCUUCAUUUCAACAUCUCGGUAACACUGGUAGAGCCAGGCCCUGUGACUUCAGAGUUCGAGGGAAAGCUGUAUUCCGGGGUGGAGCAGGCAGACUGCGUUGGCACUGACUCUGAGACUGCAGACAUCUUCACUCGCAUCUACUUGCCCAACUCCCGGGCUCUCUUUGCCAGCUUGAGCCAGAGUCCCGAGGAUGUGGCCGAGGGAACUCCCCUGGGUACUGUAAAGCUCCGAUAA